AUGGCAUUUCAGAUGCAUCUGCAGCGGCACGCUCGCUUCGCGGACGCCGACAAACUAGAAGCAGUAAAUCACCGCGAAAGCACGCCGGAUCUAGGAGGAGACCCGACAUGCAAGGCUGUCGUAGAGCUAGGCCGCCUACUGGUCAUUUACAUCGACGAAGUUCGUACAAGCGGAGUGAUGUAG